UAAAUUUAAGCCUUGCAUGUCAUGUUCUUAAAGUGCACAUAAGUUGGCGUGUUUGGAUAAGGCUUAAGGUUUAGUCUUUAUCGUAUUCGAAGUAUGUUGUUUACGAGUUGGCACCAGAUAUAAAUACCUCGCGUGUCCAUUGUUGCGGUGUACGAUAAGGGGAAGACAGGAAUGAGUUAUCAAUGUGUGAAGUGUUGCCAAAUGACUUUAUAGGUCGUUUCGGGAGACUAUAAUAUAUAUUUGCUAGUGAUCAGCAUUUAAGCAUCAACAACAACGUCACUUGUCGUAUAGCUCAUGCGACCUAUCAAUUGACACAGACUCGAAAUAUUGAGCUUCUGUUAACGUGACAUUACACGAAGACCGAGGCAUAGCACUCGUUUCCCAUUCUAGUCCGUGCGUCGGAAUAGUGCGAGUUUAACGGCAACGUUGAGGAGGAUUUAAUGCAGAUUGCAUAUAUUAUCGCGUAUAUUUUGGACGCGCUAAAUACUUUCACUGAGCAAGCAUUAUUGCCGACAGCGGGUGGUGAACAUCGUUUCAUUUUGUCAUAACAACUUCGGAAAGGCUUAGGCUUCAACUAAACAAUGUCAAACAUCUGCUUCAAGUUGACUCUUCAACUCUGGUGAAGUGGAAUCAUUGUCUACGGAGUGUUUUUCAGUCGUCUUCGAACCUUAAACCGUUCAAAGAGACGCGCUAAGGCGAAUUGAAGAAGAACAGAUAUAGAUUAAUUAUACAUUGUGUAAAUUAUGGCAGCCCAGAAUGGAAACAACAGCGAAUAUGAUAACACUUCAAAUGCAUUUUAUAACAGUUCAAAAGAAGAACGAAUUAUACAAGCGAGUCUAAUGGUUGCCCUCGCUAUAGCAAGUCUGGCUGGCAAUGGCAUUGUCGCGUUUAUUGUUAUUCUACAACAGAGACUGCGAUCAUUGUCAAAUAUUUUGUUGGCGAAUCUCGCUUGUAUUGAUUUGCUCAAAAGCGGUGUUCUCAUUCCUUUACUAACUGCAACGAUCGUAACGCAUCCAUCUGACUCCCCACUUAAAGGGCAAGUAGCUUGUUUAAUACUUUUGUCGUUUAGUGCUUUCGCAAGCACGGUGACGGUAUUAGCCUACGUUACAAUAUGUUUGGAUCGUUACAUCGCAAUUGUUCAUCCUGUCGCUUACAAGCAAAGCUGGAAAAGCAAGACAAGUAUUCGAAGCUUAUUUGUACUUUCCCCAUGGCUAAUCGCAGCGAUUGUGGUGUUUCCGAUAUACAUCGGGUCUCACAUCGACGUGAACAUUGGAGAGGAGACAUGUACGCGUUAUAGAGCUGAAUUUCUAGCGAACACAACAACCACUGCUGUUUCUCUUACCAUAUUUAUUGUCUCGCUGUUUGCUCUUAUUGUUUUAUACGCUUUGCUCUUUAAUAGCGUACGGGAACUAGCGAAGCGCAGGAUACAAUUUGUCAGUGCAGAAAAUUCACAUCGAGUCGAAGAGAGGGUGAGAAAGCUUGAAAUACACACGGCAAAGACAACUGCGAUUACCGUCGCUGCUUAUGUCUUCCUAUGGAUCCUAUACAUGGUCGUGACAUUACUUCGCUCUCAGAACUACAGAUCAUUUUGGCUUGAUUUCCUAAGCUUGUUUUUUCAAUAUACAAGUGGCGUGAUCAAUCCAUUUCUGUACUUUGCAAGGAUUAAGGAGCUAAGGGAAGGUGCAAAGAGAAUCAUCAGACCGCGAGAUUGGCGCUACGCAAGAUCGACCUCUAUGACCGAACGCUCAAGACGGAUUUCAUCUGGUGUGAAUUUGCGUAGCCCGAUUGCUGCGCAUAGAUACGAUGAAGGAUCUGUAGCUGGCUCCGGAGUGCACUCGGGGGAAGAUGGACUCGCGAAUGUUUAAGAGACACUGCAUGUAAUUGCCCUGGGAAUUAUUAAGAAACUAUGCGGAAGAACUACGGGAGUAGACCUAAUAAUACUGGAGAUUACCGUCUGCCUACUUUGUAAUGAGACGUCAGAUUACUACAGAAUUUACGAACUCCCAAGUAACGUCUGACAAAAGAGUCUAUGAAGUUUCUUCAUGCGAUAUUUUAUUUAUUUCUUUGAUACAGGAGAAUCACGCAAAAAUUUGGACUUAUUUACAUCUUUGAAACGUAGCUUUGACCGUAUGGAGAGCCGGUAAAAGGAGAUCGGACCCUAUUAAUUUUAAUACUACGAAAGUGAGAGCUAGUGUAGAAGAAUACUCCCAAAAACCAGCACUCAGGAAAAAAGAAGUGAGAAAAACAGCAUUACUGCUAUUCUAGUCCGCCGGGAUACUGCAAGUGAAAGAGAAAGUUGUUUUCCUAUGAAGGUGGGAAUAUUGUGACUGCAAGGGAAAUUCCUAUAUCAGAUUAAAGUCUAACGGCAGUGACGAGAGUGAGAUUAAUGCAUGCAUGACAGUAGAAUAUACGGUGGCCCGAGCAAAAAUAUUAUUAUGUUUACACGCAGAUGAUACAUGACUCAACUGAUUGACAGCACGAUUAUUCAAUAGCUCAGAACAUAUCUGAAGAAUUUUGUAAUCCCACUUAUAUAUUAUCACCUGAAACUCAUACACUUACAUAGUGAGGCAUGCCUUAUAUAUAUAUAUUUAUAUAUGAAGUGGGAUUUGAAAAUGCUCGUAACUAAAAAUCUCGCACCAAAACAUAUGCCUUUACUGGGCUAAAAGCCAAAAUAUGGUUUUGUUCCAAAAGGAACAUCAUUCGUCAAUUUAUUGUUUUUGGAAUUAUUGAUAAGUUGAUUCUGGGAGUUCUGCCAUGCAUUUAACAUAACGAAAUGUGUUUUGGUAGCAGAUGUUCCAUGGCUGAUGCAUGUUUAUGUCUCGUAGUAACAAAUCCCUCAUAUAUUAGAUAAACUACAUAUACUUGAAAUUCAUUAAAUUUUGCCAAAGCCUUCCGAUAAAGAUUGCAUAGGUAAGUGGGUUGAACGUAGGGUACUGGGAUUACUUUAAAAGUGCGUUUUCAUAAAACACACGACGAUUUGAAGCGAUGCCCAAAAAUGGGAGCGUAACUCUAUCGUUUCAGAUCUUUGAGACACAAGCUUACUUUUAAUUUGUUUUGGUAAUUAUUAUCACCACAAAACAAGCCAAUGUCAUUCUUAGUUUCCCACACCGGACCCCCAAGUAGAAUACAUGAGAGAGUCAGCAGAAAUUUCCCUCUCUCGGCCUGUGAUAUACGAGUAGGAUUGUUUAAAACGCUGGCUUUUAGAUUCAUGAAACUGAAAUAAGUCUAGAUGCAUGUUUGAGGUUUUAAUUAUCGGAAGAAAGAGGUCAGAAUAUUUUACUCUAAUUUUUGCUAUGUCACGUUCACAAGUCACCUCAUCAGCAUUUUUUUUAUACUUGACGAUUUAAGUUUUUAUGAAUAGUAUUAUGCUUUUCGUUUUGUGCAAAAGAUGGAAAACAAUUGUGCAGAAAAGCGUGUUUGGCCGACCAUAUAUGUGAUGGUAAAACCUCUAAAAGAAUCAUCUUUCAGUUUGGCUGAGUGUCCUUGCGAUAUAUUAGUGAAGAUUCGUUCUUUCAUACAGUCAAUAUGACUACCUUUCUAGAAGACGUUUGUAUAUUGCACUGUCAUGGGCAUAAAAACAAUAAAAUUAAACUAGUUAGAUAAAUAUUAGUCUUGUACACCGUACAAGACAACCUUAUAGGCUAUAGCGUAUGCCUUAUUGAGCCAGGAUUAAUUUCAAUAAGGAAUACUGAAUAAGUGUAUGACUUGCCACUUCAAAGAUUUGAACACACUUAAACUAUUUAUUAUUAAUGUAAUAAUAAUUUGAAAGAUAGAGAAGAAAUAUUCUCUGAACCAGUCAAUUUGUAAGUUAUAUGUGUAGAAAAAGGAAUCUUAUAGAUUCUAUGAUUGUAAAUAAAUUACUACAGCAUGAAUACAAACCUCCUGUAUAUGUGUAUAUAUGGUUGGAAAAUGUUAAACAAUUA